GCUUUUUUCAUCUUUUGCGCCUCUUGCGAGAUAAAGACUAUGUCUACUGAGGAGAAUAAAGAAUCUGUCAACUUCACCGAAAGCAGAGCUGCUUCAACUGAGCAAACCAUUGCUGGAUCAGUCUACGGUGAUGAGAAGGUUAUCGACAUGGAACACAUCCCUUCCAACCCUGCAGCCGAUGUAGGAGCUCCAGUUGCUGAGCAACCUGCAGACACGCCACCUCGACCUACUGGCGUCAAAUUUUACCUAAUCUUCGUUGGUUUGAUGCUUGCUGUUCUCCUUGCCGCUUUGGAUCAAACAAUUGUUGCCACCGCUUUACCCAAGAUCUCCUCUGACUUCAACGCUUCCGAUGAAAUUGGAUGGGUCGGUAUCUCAUAUAUGCUUACUUCCACCGUCGCAAUGCCAUUGUAUGGUCGUUUCGCCGAUAUCUUUGGUCGUAAACCUGUCUUUUUGUUCGGUAUCAUUGUUUUCCUUGCUGGUUCUAUUGUUUCCGGUGCUGCUCAAAACAUGGAUAUGCUUAUCGCAUUCAGAGCUGUUCAAGGUCUUGGCGCUGGCGGUAUUAUGAGUAUGGUUAUGAUCAUCAUUGCUGAUUUGGUCUCUAUUCGUGAUCGCGGCAAAUAUCAGGGGUUGAUUGGUGCCAGUUUUGGUGUCGCUUCCGUUGUCGGUCCUCUUCUUGGUGGCGCUUUCACUGAUCACGCUAGUUGGAGAUGGUGCUUCUACAUCAACAUCCCCAUUGGUGCCGUUACUCUUGCUGUGGUUGUUCUCUUCCUUCAUCUUCCCCGUCCCCAAGGAUCCAUUAGAGAGAAGCUCGGUUUGAUCGAUUAUGUCGGUAGUGUCUUUUUGAUCGGAUGUACUGUGUGCAUUUUGCUUCCUCUCCAAUGGGGUGGUAAUCAGUAUCCAUGGAACGCUCCAGUUGUCAUUGCUCUCUUCUGCGUUGGUGGCUUCCUUAUGUUUGUCUUCGUCGCUGUCGAGAAAUGGCAAGCCAAGUCUCCUAUCAUUCCAGGAUAUUUGUUCGUUCAACGUACUCCCGUCGCUCUUUUCAUCACUCAGUUCUUCUUCGGUAUCUGCUUCUUCGGUGGCGCCAUUUACUAUACCCCAGUCUACUUCCAGGUCGUUCGCGGUGACAGUGCUACAGCCAGUGGUCUAGAGCUUCUCCCUCUUAUGCUCAGUCUCGUUUUCUGCAGUAUCUUUUCUGGAUUGAUGUGCAGCAAGACCGGACGUGUUCGUGAAUUCUUCUGGGUUGGUACUGCCCUCAUCGUUGUCGGUGGUGGUCUUCUUACUCUGUGGGAUGCUGAUUCUAGCCGUGGCGAACAAAUUGGUUUCCUCAUUAUUGUUGGUGCCGGAUGCGGUCUUUGUGUGCAAACUCUGAUGAUCGCUGGUCAAAGCGCUGUUCCUCCCAAGGAUAUUGCCGUCAUCACAUCUCUUAGCGGUUUCUUCAGAACCAUCGGUGCUUGUUUCGGUAUUGCCAUUUUCGGCACUGUCUUCAAUAACACCUUGGCCACCGAUCUCUCCACCUUGACUCUUCCUUUCUCCAUCGAAAUCGCUGAACAUAGUUUCGCCUUGGUCAAGGAUCUUCCCGAACCAUUGCAAUCUCAAGUAAAGGAUGCUUAUUGUGGUGCUUUGAGCAAAAUGUUCCUUCUCAUCGUGCCCUUCGGAGGAGUUGCAUUUAUCGCCAGCUUGUUCGUCCAGCACUUCAAACUGCACAGAGCUCCCGCUCCAGGUCAACCACAGGCCAAUCCUGCUGCUGCAUCUCCUGCUCCAGAGAUCAAGGGUCCUGUUGAGGAUUUGGCUUAAGAUAUAGAUUUUCUUUUUUUUUUUAUUAUACAUUACACUCACCUUACUUCUCAUUCAUCAUCUACAAGCUACUAUGUACAUGUACAUAAUUGAUCAUGUCAACCUCUUACUGCUCUACCCUGUAUGUCACACUCACACUACUCUUCAUUUAAUCUGCAAAAAUAAUUUCAGCUAGCUUGAUAUCAUAUAAAAAUUCAAUCAAAAUUGCCAGCAUAAUCUUUCUUCAUUGUCCGCUGAAUUGUCAUGAUUCAAGAUCAGAG